AUGAGCUUUCGCAAAGACUUCCUUUUCAUUAUUCUUCCUCUUUUGUUUUUUAUAUUCUUAUUUUCAUCUUUGUUUUUUUUCUUUCUUCUUUAUGAUUUCAUUUUCUCACUAUUUUUUCUGACUUAUCUUUCAUUCUAUUCCUUUCUUUUUCUCUCUAUUUUUUCUUCUCAGUUUUUUUUCUUCUUUCCUGUUUGGAUUUUCUUUUAUGGUUUCCAAUUUUUAUAUUCUCAGCUUUCAUACUUCAUUUUUCUUCAUUUGCUUUUUUCUUUCUAUUUCAUUCAAUCUCUUUCUUUUUUUAUUUUCCAUCCUUCCAUCUUUCAAUUCCUUCUUUAUUUUCUUGCCUGUAUCCAUUCCUCUUUUUAUAGUCUCUUUACUUUCUUUCUAUUUCAUUCAAUCCCUUUCCUUUUUACUGUAACUAUACCUAUCAAACAUCUUUUUUUUUUCCUAAUUCUAUUUCAUCUUUCCGUCUUUCAAUUCCUUCUUUCUUUUCUUGCCUGUAUCCAUUCCUCUUUUUAUAGUGUUUUUACUUUCUUUUUAUUUCAUUCUCCUUCUCUUUUUACUACUGAGCAUCUAUCUCUUUUUAAUUUUACUUUCUAUCUCCACAAUACACUCUCUUUACACUUUUUCUCUUUCUUCAGACAAAAAUUAUUUUGGUAA